UUAAAGGUAGCUUUUUUCAGCUACUAGGAUCAAAAAUUGGAGAAGAUGACAGUUACGUCAUCUCAAACGAAAAAAGCCCGCGAAAGAUCUCUAAUUUUCCGCCAAAAUUUCUAUACAUACAUAUAUAUAAAACAAUAUAUAGAAUUCGGAGAAGAAGAAGAAGAAGAUGGAGAUUCGAGUGAAGUGUAGAUGUGGAGAAGAAGAGUGUAGCGAGUGGGCGAUUGUAGAACUUCAAGGAGUCGUCGAGACUCAAGCUUCGUUCCAAGGUUCUAUUCAGAAUCUUGAGAUCGGCCGUCUCUGUCACUCCGAUUCCUCACAGGGAACGUACACCUUCACGGUUGGUUACCAUGAACUCGCAGGCUCUAAGGUGACUUUGAAGAAGCCAUUACUGGUUUUGAAGAAGCUUCAAUUUGAUGAAGUUUCAGGGAAAGCAACGGAACUUGAAGUUGUUGGGAUUAUACGAACAAAGAUCUUGUUUAAGACCAGACCUAAGCCUCUCAUUUCUGGAACAAAUUGAAACCUCUCUAUAGCUUCAUAUCUCUGUUUGUUUUCACGUCUUUCAAGCGAUAAAUCUAUGUAGCCUCUGUUCGUUCAUUUGAAUGCGUUUGCAAAUCAAGAAACUUGAUUA